GCAAGACCGUUGAUUUUAGUACAUAUUUAGAAAUAAAGAGGUCUAUAAUUUAUUAUAUUAUAGUGGGACUUAUAGGGAUCCCAUCUUUAUCUCUUUACCUUCGUUUUUUACCAUCCCAGUGAGUAUUCCUUCUUUUUUUAUUUUUACCUGGUGAUCUUGAGUAUAAUAUCAAUUCUCUGUAGGAGUUAAAGCUGAGGAAGGAUGACUUAGAGGCAGAAGUUGAAAUACUUGAUAAACUCUCUCAUAAGCUAUUUUUUCCUGGAGCCACUUUACAUUGUAUAGUUUUUCAUGAUGGCCACAGUUGGAGUGUUGCGAUUGUGAAGUGUCAGGAUGGAGGACUGGAUUACAGUGAAGUAAUCAAGCCCUAUGUGGAAAAUGGAGAGACUAUGAAACUAGGUGAUAUUACCCUCACUGUAAACGUAUAUGAUGAGGGGAAUAUGGCCAGUCUUGUGACUGCUGGAGGAGCUCAUGGAACUCAUGUUGCCAGUAUUAUUGCUGCAUAUGACUCUAACUGUCAGGAUGCAAGUGGAGUUGCUCCAGGAUCCCAGAUCAUCUCUGUAAAAAUUGGAGACUUACGGCUUGGCACAAUGGAAACAGCUUCGUCCUUGAUCAGAGCGUGUUCUGUGGCAGUUUCCUGUGGUGCAGAUAUUAUAAACUUCAGCUAUGGAGAAGCUUCACACUGGGCAAACAAAGGAGCUGUGCUGGAACUCAUGUCUGAGAUGUGUCAGAAAUACAACAUUAUUUUUGUAGCUAGUGCUGGAAACAAUGGACCAGCUCUAUCAACUGUUGGAUGUCCAGGAGGAAACACAAAUGGCAUAAUAGGAGUUGGAGCAUUUGUUACACCUAAAAUGAUGUGUGGUGAGUACUCGAUGACACGUGCAAAGCCUGGCUUGCCUUACACUUGGAGCUCCAGAGGUCCUGCAACUGAUGGUGACAUUGGUGUAUGUGUUACUGCUCCUGGUGGGGCAAUAACGUCUGUACCAGUAUGGACACAAAGAAAGAAGCAGCUUAUGAAUGGAACUUCAAUGUCUUCUCCACAUGUAUCUGGAUGUAUAGCUUUGAUAUUAUCAGCCCUCAAAAGUGAUAAAAUGCCCUACAGUCCAGCAUUAAUGAAGAAGGUCAUUGAGAAUACAGCUACCCCUCUUGGUAAACAUGAUCCAUUUUCUGUUGGCCAUGGAGUGAUACAGGUUGACAAGGCUUUUGAAGCUGCAAAAAGAGGCUUGGCAUCUUCACUUGUUGAUUUGCAGGUUACAGUUUCUGGAGGUAGUGGACGAGGAAUCUACUUAAGGGAACCUCAUGAAGUUGAAAAAUUAUAUCUUGCUACUGUUACCGUACAACCAAUAUUUAUGCAGAAAGCAGAAACUGAAGAAAAGGCUUCAUUUGAAUUAAAGUUAGCUCUUUUGAGCAGCAAAUCAUGGGUUUUGUCUCCUAACCACUUAAUUGUUUGGAAUGGAGCUCGGCAGUUUAAGGUUGAGGUGGAACCGAGGAACUUACCUAGUGGUGUGCACUAUGCUGAGGUAGUGGCGUAUGUGCCUGAUGAUGAGAGAGGACCUCUAUUCCGAAUUCCAGUUACGGUUGUUGUCCCUGAUCAGUUAACCAGCGAAAAAAAGGGAUUGUUUUCUGUUCCUGAACUGCGACUGGAAAAAGAUUUUGUUAAAAGGCUCUUCUUCCACGUUCCCAAGGAAGCUUCUUGGGCAGAUCUGAAACUGUCAAAUAUUGUGUGUGAAUCCAAAACUUGCAUUACUGUGCAUACGGUCCAAAUUAUUCCUGGGAGAUCUUUCCGAGAGAAUGAGAAUAAAGAGCAAAUAAGUGCUGAGAACAACGGAAGCUCUGAGAUAAUUCUUAGUGUUGUGGGUGGAUAUACCAUGGAAUUGUGCUUAUCUCUCUACUGGUCUGAGUUAAGGGAUGUUACUCUUAGUCUCGAGGUGUUAUUUCGUUGUGUUCAUCCAAGUCCCUCAUGCCUUACCUUUAACUCCUCUAACAUGUGGACUAGUGUCGAUGUUACUGGCUUCAUGCGUGAAGAGGAAGUGUUUCCUGAGUUUAAACUCACCCACCGAAUUGUUUAUAAAAGGCCUACAUCUCACAAGAUAAGUCCUCUUGGAUCUCGUGAUGUUUUGCCCAGUGGAGUGCAAAUAUAUCAGUUGGUUCUGUCAUACAUGUUUCAGCUUAAUCAAACCACUGAAGUUCGACCAGAGUUUCCCUUGAUGAGUGAUCUACUCUAUGAAAAUCCUUAUUCUGGACAGCUUUGGAUGGUUUUCAAUUGCAAUAAGCAGUACAAAUGUGCUGGUGAUUCCUACUCUAGACAGUAUACGACAAAGCUGGAUAAAGACGAUUACAUUCUGAGAUUGCAGGUUUGCCAUUCAAAACUGUCUGAACUAAAGAAGUUAACAGACAUGCCACUUUGUCUACAUUCAAAACUUUCCUCAUCCUUAUCACUUGAAGUCACUGCAUCUCGGUAUGACCUAAUGUCAGGCCCUACGGUUACUAAGAAGACUCUGAGACCAGGAAUUAGUACAAGAUUCUAUCUACGUUCACUCCCGGAAGACAAGUUGGCAAAGUGUGGCAUUGACCAAGGUCAUUUUCUCUCGGGGCAUUUCACAUUUAGUAAAUGUGAUAAAGUUAAGAAGAAAGUUGCUUAUGAACUUAAGUACAUUGUCGGACCACAAAAAAGUGCUAGAUCACCCUCUGUAUCCACUGAAAAAAAGUUGUACACGAAUGACUCCUUAAAAGAAUUCAAGAUAAAUUCCAUGAGGUAUGGUGUACUGACUAGUGAUGAGCUUGAAGAUGAAUAUGGUGAUGAUAUCUCUUUUCUACUUGCAAAACUAAGAAUGCUUUCUGAAAGUGAAAUGUGUUCUUAUUCUAAUGCUGAGGCACUAGCAGCAAGUAUUUAUGCAAAGAUUGACCUUAAUGAAAUUUUAGCCCAGUUGCGUAUUCAGGAGCAGUUCAGCCAUGUCCCAGGAAGAGAAUGCUUUGAGGAACAGAAGAGACAGUUAGUUGAAUGCCUUACAUUGGAGGGCUCAAUUCUUUUUAAAGAGCAACCAUCAUCCGAUCGCUUAAAAGCAAUCUAUGUCGACUUGCACAAAUUGCUUGACAAGAAAGACAAAGUGCUGAAGGAGUUUAAAAUGAAGUAUGCAGAAGCAAUGGGCCACUUCGCAACACUUGCAAAGAUGAUUGAAGAGGAAAUGAGUGUCAACAGAGCCAGCAGAGAUCUCGAUGAGAAACUUAUCCAGUGCUACAGACAACUGGAGUGCAAGGAAUAUGCUAAUUUACUAGAACACAAUCUAACAUGGAAAUAUCCACCAGAUUUUGUGUCCUUUUAGAAGCGAUAAUUCUGUGUUUUGGUGAUGUAAUGUUUAUAGUGGCGCAUGCACAACGAUCCCAAGCAAAAUGUUACAAAACAAAGAUGUUCAAGAUUUCAGUCUUGCAGUAGUUGUUACCAGCUUGCAGCAGGUCCUAGCCGGCAU